AUGGAAGAGCAGAAAUCUGUCGGCAAGAUGAAGGAGAUCUGUUACGUGUUCAACACCUUCACCGAUCCAUCGCUGGAGAAACUCUAUCAGAGUUUUAGCGUCAAGCAGAAGAGGACAGGAUUGGAGUGUUUUCUCAUCACAGCUAUCCUGUUUGAUAUCUACAUGCUUGUGAAGAGACCUAGACUGGACAGAAUGUUCGCUUCGACGUCACAAAGAAAUGAUGAUGGUUUGCGGGCGUCUUACAAUAUCUCGUUACUUAUAGCAAAAUCCAGAAAACCGCAUACUAUCGGAGAGAAGCUAAUUUUGCCAGCCGUUGAAGAGGUUUUAAAAACUGUUUUACACAAACCUGCAUCUGAUAUCAUUAAAAGAAUUCCCUUAAGCAACAAUACUGUUGAAAGACGUAUUGAUGAAAUGAGUUGUGAUAUUGAAAGCUUCUUAUGUAAUUAUUUGCAAACGACCCAUUUCUCUAUACAACUGGAUGAGUCAACUUUACCUGAUAAUGCAGCAUUAUUAUUGGCAUAUGUUCGUUUUAUUAUGAAUCAAGAAAUCUACGAAGAACUGCUCUUCGCAAGAACUUUGAUAAUCGACACUAAAGAUUUUGAAUCUAGGUUUGAGGAUAUUUUGACUAUGGUAAUACCACCGUGGAUAAUUAAUCCAUAUGGUGACAUAGAAGAAACGAAUGUCAUAAUAGAAGAGGAACUGACUGAACUAAGUACAAACGUAGAACUUAAGGUUCAGUUUAAAAACGGAUAUCAGCAAUUCUGGCUGCAAAACAACAUACCCGUUACUUAUCCCAAGAACGAGGUUACGUCCAGGGACAGUCUCGGCUGGGUGCUUCUAUUGGACUAUCUCAUCUACGUUACGUUGCCCAUCAGGUUGAGGUAUUGUGUGAUCCUCAGCUUGGGCACGUGUGCGUCGUACAUUGUGGCGGUUGUGGGGCUCUCCAAGUCGAAUCUGCAUUUAUACCACCAGGUGAGUGAUCUUUACUAUCUACCAGGGUGUGUCAAAAAGUUUACGGACUGA